ACAUUAUUAGUCCAUGUUGGUCUGGCUCACAUGGUAGUGGACUCUUUAAUCUACAGAUGGAUGUUGUGAAUUGUUCGUCGUUAUGGAGCUCUCUCUCUCUUUGCACUGACAGCAUAAUCAUGAUGAUGUGUGUGUGUGUUUGUGUGUGGGGUAUGGACACUCAAGUGUGUUGACUUUAGAUGCAUAUCAGCAAAUUAUAUGAAUACACUGUUAUUGCGGUAUGUGGAAUUACCACAACAGUGUGAUGCAUGACAAUAAGCCAGAUUUCCACCUUAAAAGUUGUAGUAACUUAUUGGUACUUGGUAGUUCCUGGAGCAAAAAGGUUCCAAUUAAAUGUUCAGUGUCGCAGUCCUUGGCCCCAAAGGUUCCUGGACUUCUCAAAAGGACUGCCACCCCCUUGUACGAUCGUCUUUUGGCCCCUGAUAAAUCUAAACUUAGACAAGAGAUAAGCUUGUCACGAUAAAAAAAAUUUAAGAUGAUAUAUUUUCCCAAAAACUAUCACAAUAAACGAUAUUGUUGUUUUUUUUAUGCCUCUGAAAUCAAAGGCCCACCCUUCUUUUUAUUUUAUUUUUUUGCUUUUAAAUCAGUAUUGUUGUUGUUGUUAUUAUUGUUGUUGUUAUUAAAAUAAUUUCCUUUGUGGUUUUUCUAUUAAAUAGUUUUUCUUUACUCCGUGAUAUGGAUCUCCAAUGUCUGAAAUAAAGAGCUGCAAGACUGUGUGAUUAGUCCGCUGAAGACGAGCCCUUCACCUAUCAAUCUAAUAUACGUUGACCUUCGCUGUUGUCAACUACUGGCUGACUGUGUGCCACUGAGUUAUGGUUAAUAAACAAUUAACGUUCCCGUGUUGGUGUUAAUUGGGGACUAACACACAAAACAACUCUGAGCGAAGCGCUGCCAUUUUAAUCAAGAUAGCUGUGGUGGAGUGAGCUGAUUAGCUCCUUAACUCGCUAGCUCGGGAGCUUGCAGGCUAGGUCAUUAGCUUGCAGGCUAGUGAAAACAGUAAACAUUUACUGUUCCCUGAAGUGUCUUUGUUGUGUGAAUCUACGUGCUGUACGUCCGGCAACAGUGUGACCACUGUGUUGAUCACACCAUCAUAAAUGUUGAGCAUGUUAACAUUUAGGAUUGUUGGUACCAACAAUUUUGCAUGCAGUUUGUGAAGAAAAAAAAUCACUAUCACACCCCACGCCACAGGUCAAUUGCUCAGAAUAAUCUUUUGAAACUUCCAAGAAUCUGGCCUUUGCUGACUUUGAUCACAAGGGAAAAUGCUAAAAUUUGGUCCGAUAACUCCGAAUGUUAUUAAUUAUAUUGUUAACGCUAAUCCGUGCAGCCAACAAAACUCAAUUGCACUUUGCUUGCACGAAGCCACCACUGGCUUACUACAUUUUGACCAUUAGUUACAUUGAAUGAUAGAUUGAUUCACUUGCCUUCAGUUGAGCUUUGUGCCAUUUCAGCACUCUCCAAUGAAACUCUCUCCUAUGAAAUAUUUUAUUCAGCGGAGGCAUUACAUGGUUGCUUGUUCAUAGUGAGGAGAAGGUGGGGGGCACUGACACUGAGAGGUGACACAUCAGUGUGAAAUGUGCUGCUUAAUGGAGGGAGAAUUUGAAAAGGGAGGCGUCGUGGAAAAAUGACGGUCAAACAACCUUCAAUCUGACGUCCUCUUAAAUUUUCGUGGCAAUCUCCUGCCAGGAAUGUCAAAAGGAGUUGUAAGGAGUUAGUGGAGGACGGAGGGGGAAGAAGAGGGGCAGGUCCAAAAAAGAGAGACAGUAGUGUCUCCACUUUUGAGAACAAAGCAUCACAGGCUCUUUGCUUUAUGGUGUGCACCACAGGAGAACUCUGCUUUGCAAGGUUUUUUUUUUGUAAGGUGAAUUUACAUGAGGGCUUUAUCUGUGGUUCUCGUCUACUACAGUAUUUAUAGCCGCUGUGCCGUCCUGAUCACAACGCCCGAGUGGAUCGCCGCAUUACACACGUGUGUUUAGGACGCAAAGAACAACCAUGACCGCCAUCAACUCGCCCAGAGACAAAUACAAUGCAGUGUGGAUGAUCUUUUUCAUCCUGGGCUUGGGAACCCUCCUGCCGUGGAACUUCUUCAUGACAGCCACCAUGUACUUCACCAGCAGGCUGAAAGACCCGCCCAGCGAGCUCUCCACCAAUCAGACGGCCAACGGCACGCUGGAAGGUGGUGACACCCGCAACGUCCUGGAGUCCAAGUUCAACAACGUGAUGACGCUGUGCGCCAUGGUGCCUCUGCUCAUCUUCACCUGCCUCAACUCCUUCAUCCACCAGAGGAUCCCUCAGAAGCUGCGCAUUUCGGGCAGCCUGUCGGUAAUCCUGGCGGUCUUCCUGCUGACGGCGCUGCUUGUCAAGGUGGACGUGACCCCGCUGCCCUUCUUCACCCUCACCAUGAUCAAGAUCAUCUUCAUCAACUCGUUCGGGGCGGUUCUGCAGGGCAGCCUGUUCGGGCUAGCGGGGAUCCUGCCCACCUCCUACACCACACCCAUCAUGAGCGGCCAGGGCCUCGCUGGGACCUUUGCUGCCUUCUCCAUGAUCUGCGCCCUGGCCUCCGGCUCGGCAUUGCGGGACAGCGCCUUCGGCUACUUCAUCACAGCCUGCUUCGUUAUUCUCAUCGCCAUCAUCUCCUACCUCACUCUGCCCAGGAUGGAGUUUUUCCAGUACUACAUGGAAAGUAACGGCUCCAGGUUGUCUGCUGAUGACGAGAACAAAAUGGACCUUCUCAGACAAGGUACAUUCCUGUUAAUUCAUUUGCCCAUACGUAUUCAUAAGAGCGGAGCGUUCAUUUGUCCCUCAGAAAAUGGAAAGAAGGAUCCAAUGGCGAGUUUGACUGAACACGACGGCAAACCGGACGUGUCUGUGGUCAAAAUCUUUCGCAAGAUCUGGGUGAUGGCUCUGUCAGUGUGCUUCAUCUUCACCGUCACCAUCGGGACGUUCCCGGCCGUCACCGUCGAGGUCAAGUCCACGGUGGCCAACGGAGGCAGCUGGGAAACCUACUUCAUCCCAGUGUCGUGUUUCCUCCUCUUCAACGUGAUGGACUGGGCUGGCCGCAGUCUGACGGCCGUCUGCAUGUGGCCUGGCAAGGACAGCCGGUGGAUCCCCGCUCUGGUGGGCAUGCGACUUGUGUUCGUGCCGCUGUUCAUGCUGUGCAACGUGCAGCCUCGCCACUACCUGCCCGUGCUCUUCUCACACGACGCCUGGUACAUCGUCUUCAUGGUCCUCUUCUCCUUCUCCAACGGCUACCUGGCCAGCCUCUGCAUGUGCUUCGGACCCAAGAAAGUGUCACAGCAGGAGGCGGAAACGGCAGGGGCCAUCAUGGCCUUCUUCUUGUCCCUGGGCUUGGCGCUGGGGGCCGCCCUCUCCUUCGCCUUCCGUGCCAUCAUCUAAAAUGGCCGCCGCCACGUACAUACUACAAAGCGCACAUACACACGACACGUAACCCCAUCCGCUCUUUCCGUGACCGUGGGAGAAAGCCGCCGCUGAGAGAAGACCAGAGACCCCCCCCCCCCCCAUGGCAACUAUAUAAGCUAAGAAAGCGACUGACACCUUUAAGCUGACUGGUUGUUUCCCAGCAUGCAACCUGGUAACCAUCAAUGAUGACGUUUCUUUUUCUUCAAAUUACGACUGAAAUCAUGACGGACUGACGAUUGUAUGGCAAGAGCCUCGAUUAUAACUUAUUUGAGACAUUUUACGAAUGAGGCUCCUAUCACUAUGUACUUAUGGGCUAUUUUGUUUUAUUUUUGUUUGUGCCAAAAAUACUUGUACAAAUGGGUUAGUUAAGGCCACAGAAAAGAGAAUCAAAUUAAAAUAUUACAUUUUUGCAAGCCUAUAAGAAAUUUUUUAAAAAAGGCACAAUUUUCAUAAGUAGUAAUAUUUCGAGUCGUGAGAAUAAAGUAAUAUUCUGAGAAGGAAGUUAUGAGGGAAAUAAGUACUUUUAUUUCUGAGAUGUCACACGAUUUAAAAAAAACUAUUCCCAUAAAAUUAUAGCUAUGUUGAAAAAAUAUAUAUUUAUAUAUUCUGAUGUUGCAUUAUUGUUUUUGUGUUCCUUUAAAAUGGACCGCAAAUAGAUGGGAAAAACUAGGUGCCUUGCUGUAAGUGUAUUAGCACGAGUGCUAAUUCUAAGCAAUUUUCCACAGGCUUAUGAAAAGGUAGAUAAACUACAAGAAUGAAAAAUGAAUUGUAAUUUCUUAUUUUGCCUCAAUUUAGUUGGGAUAAAGGUGUAAAUUUAUGACAACUUUGCUCUCGCAUGUUUAUUGUAAUAUUACAACAAACAAGCUAUUCAGUAGUCUAAACUUUUGUAUUCUUGGGAAUUAUGAAUUUUUUGGUCAUAAUAUUACGACAGAGCCCCCUUAAUUUUUGUGAGAUGACCUUUUUUGUAAGAAACUCGAAAAUUGAUGGGGAACGUUUUCUUGGGCUAUCAGAAAAAUAAUGAAGUGAGGAUACAUUCUCACAGAAGCUAAUGUCUCACUCUGACAUGUUCCACCUGGUAAUGACACUGCCGCCAUUUUCUCAUCCAAUAUUUUUGUAUAUUGUAUAACUCUCCGAGUUUAUUUUUAUAUGGUUGUCAAUAGCAUAGACCAUGUUUUACUGGUGUCUGUAUUCGACUGUAUGAGAUGCAUAGAAGCACAAGUUGGUUUUGUGUACAGGAGUUCGCAUCAUGUUCACGUACAAUACAGGACAAUAAAUUGUAUUUAUAAGA